AUGCGACGCUCCCAUCCAACCGCGUUCGUCGUCAAGAAGCGCGACAGUUGCGCCGUCUGCACCAAUAUCCCUCCCUGCCCAUCCUGUCCCAAAGGCCAGCAGUGCCAACAGAUCUUCCGCUCCUCCUGUCAGGACUGUCCCGUCAAUCGCUGCAUCCCCAUCCCAGGCUAUGACGCUGGUGGAGGCACCAACAAGUCGGCUCUCGGCGGCGGUGUUGCUGCGCUCCUCAUUGUCGCGGCCGCCGCUGUUGCGUAUUGGUUCUGGCGGAGGCUCAAAGCGAAACGCCGUCGCAUCGCGUUGCACGAAGAUGCGGUCGAGCGUCGGGAAAAGGUUCGAAACGAGAAGGAGGCCACCACGCUUCAACUCGGUGGCGCUAAGGCGGGAAGCGACAACACUUCGCCAUUCGCCAUUGUCGACGAGGACGAGCUAGACGGCGAUACCGAGUAUACCCAGGUCACCGGCGGUCUGAACGACGGGGAUGCGCUAGGCUCGCUGGCCGAGCCCACCGCUUUCCGUCGCCGAUCGUUCGGUGCCGCCACGCAUCUAUCGCGCAUCACGGAGGGCGUCGAGGAAGACGAGGAGGAGGCCGUCGCCAACAAACGCAACACAAUCGGCUCUCUUCGGUCUGGGACGAUGAGCUUUGCCGGUACGGCACCGCGCAUCAGCGUCGGAUCGAGUGCCAGCCUCGGGUCCGCAAAUAUCAUUCCUAUCGCCUUCAGACCCCCGUCCCCUGCUUCUGCUGGUCAGAGCAGCAACGACGACGGCUACCAGUCGAUCUCUCCACUCGCCCUGCCUACCACGGCACACCGCGCAACCGGCGCCCCCGCUAUCCAAGUCAACACCGCCCGCAAUGGUCCCAUCCGCCCCACGCGCGCACCCGAUCUCAACCUCCGUCUUCCCGAAGCCCCUCACAAGCCAUCCACCUCCUCUCCCUUGGCCUCAGCGACACCCGCGUACGAGUUCAUGUCGAUCGACCCAGUCGAAGCGCUCAAGACGUCUGGCCCGUAUUCCCGCCCGGACCGCCCCCUGUCCAGCGCCACGGUCAACACGAUCAACAGCACCCAUUCGGGAAGCUUGUCGUACGUGAUGUCCGCUCCGCAGGUCAUCACGCCGGUGAGCGGGGAAGGUGUGCGUCGCGUGCAGUUGGGCAACGGAGGCAAGGCGCAGUUGGUCAAGGUACCAAGCCUCAAACGCAAAGAGGUCAAGGAGGAUCCGUUCAAAGACCCGGUCGAGCCCACCACUUCCGCCACCGCACCCGUCGGCACUGCUGAGGUUGGAGAAGAUGAGGACCUCCUUCCGCCGUCCAAAACCCGCUUCGCCUCUGCAAACGGUCGAGACUCAACAAUGUCCACCUCGACGCUGGGCAUUCCGUUCGGCGAAAACCCAUUCGGCCCCUUCGCCGGCGCCCCCACCGACCAGACCAGCCCGAGCGACGCCGAGGAGCGCAGCUCGUGGUUGGCCUCACGUGAUGCACCGCAGGAGAGGGGGACGGAUCCCUUCCAGGACCCCGAGAGGGCGAGUGUCGGAGGCGUCAGCUUGGGUCAGUUUCCGUUUGAUCUAGGCGACAACAGGUAG